AAGAGAAGAUAAGAAUCCGGGGGGAACGAGUGUGAACAAGAGAAAGUUCGAGGAAAGCAAGAGAGGGAUACAAUAAUAGGCGGAUGGAAGGAAGGAAGAAAUUAAGGAAGGGAUCUAUCCAGCCAUACAACGCGAUUAAACGAGACAUGAACAAACUAUAUAAUGACCUAUAUUAAACGUAGCUACUCGACUCUUCUCAACUUGUGACGUUUAAAACUAUUUCAGGAUAGUUGAAUACGCAAACGUAGGCUAUUAGGAACCAAGUUAUCGUAUUUUCUAAUUCAUACAGCAACUUCCAGCGUUGCAAGUCACAGCUCACCCCGUAAAAGGAUUUAGCCCCAAGGACCAAGGGGCACCGACAAGGGCAGGUCACCGCAGCCGGAGUUUAGGCGUUGCCACACGGCUUUGACCCGGAGCUAUGGCCGGGGCGAAGCCAGGAGUCCACGCUCUGCAGCUCAAACCGGUGUCGGUUCACGACAUACUAAAACGGGGGAGCAAGUUUAUCAAAUGGGAUGAGGAGCCUAACAGCAGCCACCCCACCCUGAUUACUCUGAAGGUAGACCCAGAUGGAUUCUUCCUUUACUGGACUGGUGGGGCCAACAUGGAAGUGGAAAUUCUUGACAUUAGCCAGAUAAGAGACACCAGAACGGGGAAGUUAGCCAAACUACCAAAGGACCCACGUGUCAGAGAGGUUUUGGGGUUCGGUAAACCAGGCGAAGGAGGUGUUGCCGUGGAGGGGAAGCUGGUAACGGUUGUCCACGGCAAUGACCUGGUCAACGUAUCCUUCCUCAACUUCCAGGCCAUGCAGGAAGACACUGCCAAGGUGUGGACAGAGGAGCUGUUUAAACUGGCCACAAACAUUCUGUCUCAGAAUGCAUCUCGCAACACAUUCCUCCUCAAAGCGUACACCAAGUUAAAGUUGCAGGUGAAUCAGGAUGGAAAGAUUCCAGUGAAGAAUAUUCUUAAGAUGUUUUCAGAUAAGAAGCGAGUGGAGACAGCGCUGGAGCAGUGUGGUUUGGUCCCCAACAGGGUGGAGGGCAUUAAGCCAGAUGAUUUUACAUGGGAAAUGUUCCAGAGCUUUCUACACAGUCUCUGUCUACGACCAGAGAUAGAACGCAUCUUUGUCGAGCUUGGUUCUAGGGGAAAGCCUUUCCUCUCCUUGGAUCAGCUGACAGACUUUAUAAACCGUCGUCAGAGAGACUCUCGUCUCAACGAGGUCCUCUAUCCUCCUCUGAAGAGAGAGCAGAUCAGACAGCUGAUGGAGAAAUACCAGAGCAAUGCCAGCCAGCUGGAGAGAGAUCAGAUCAGUCUGAUGGGGUUCAGUAAAUAUCUAGGAGGAGAGGAGAAUACUAUCGUCCCACCAGAGAGACUAGAUAUCAUAGAUGAUAUGAACCAGCCCCUGUCCCACUACUUCAUCAACUCUUCACACAACACCUACCUCACAGUUGGUCAGUUGACCGGUCUGUCAUCGGUGGAGAUGUAUCGCCAGGUGUUGCUGACUGGCUGUCGCUGUAUAGAGCUGGACUGUUGGAAGGGACGGCCGCAGGAUGAGGAACCUUACAUCACGCACGGCUUUACCAUGACCACUGAGAUACCCUUCAAGGAGGUGAUUGAAGCAAUAGCAGAAAGUGCGUUUAAGACCUCUCCCUAUCCCGUAAUCCUCUCCUUUGAAAACCAUGUUGACUCGGCGAAGCAGCAGGCCAAGAUGGCGGAAUAUUGUAGGACUAUUUUUGGCGACGCCCUCCUCAUCGACCCUCUAGAGAAAUACCCGCUGAUCCCUGUUCAGCCCUUACCCUCGCCCCAGGAGCUGCUGGGUAAGAUUCUGAUAAAGAACAAGAAGAAGCACCACCACCGAGCGUCCAGCGGGGGCAACAUGAGGAGGAGGACAGGAGAAAUAGACGCUCUGGAGCAGGCUUCACCUGUUAACGACUGCCCAUUCAGUGACAGCGAGGGGGGACUGCUGUCCAAUGGGGAAGAGAAGCUGGCAGAGAGUCUGGUCAAAGACGGAAAUCCUCGGAAGUCAAUUGGAGGGGAGGGAGAGAGUGAUGAGGAGGAGGAAGAUGAACCUGUGGCUGAACUGAAGAAACCAAACUCUGACGAGGGUACUGCCAGUAGUGAGGUAAAUGCGACAGAGGAGAUGUCUACUCUUGUCAACUACAUAGAACCUGUCAAGUUCAAGAGCUUUGAGGUCGCAAACAAGAGGAAUAAGUAUUUUGAGAUGUCAUCGUUUGUGGAGACCAAGGGUAUGGACACACUGAAGAGUGCACCCAUCGAGUUUGUUGAAUACAAUAAGAAGCAGCUGAGUCGUAUCUAUCCUAAAGGGACGAGAGUUGAUAGUUCGAACUACAUGCCCCAACUCUUCUGGAACGUAGGCUGUCAGAUGGUGGCGCUAAACUUCCAGACACUCGACCUGCCCAUGCAGUUGAACAUGGGUGUGUUUGAGUAUAAUGGACACAGUGGUUACCUGCUCAAACCAGAAUUCAUGAGAAGGACAGACAAACACUUUGACCCCUUCACUGAAAACAUAGUGGACGGCAUCGUAGCCAACACUGUCAAGAUCAGGGUGAUCUCGGGCCAGUUCCUGACCGAUAAGAAAGUGGGCGUGUACGUGGAAGUGGACAUAUUUGGACUUCCUGCUGACACAAAGAGGAAGUACCGUACCAGAACGUCCAAUGGUAACAGCCUGGACCCAGUCUGGGACGAUGAGACUUUUGUCUUCAACAAGGUGGUCCUGCCCACCCUGGCCUCUCUGAGGAUAGCUGUGUUUGAGGAGAACGGGAAGUUCCUCGGACAUCGGAUCUGCCCUGUGUCAACCAUCCGACCGGGUUACCACUACAUCAGUCUGAAGAAUGAGAUGAACCAGCCUCUGUUGCUGCCCUCUCUAUUGGUCUACACCGAGGCUCAAGACUACAUUCCUAAUGAACACCAGGAGUAUGCUGAGGCCUUGACUAACCCCAUCAAACAUGUGAGUCUUUUGGACCAGAGAGAGAGACAGCUAGCUGCUCUGAUGGAGGACAACGGCGAGCGUGUGUUGGAGCAGCCGAAGGAGGGAGAGAGGGAUCGGAAGGGCGACGCCCCCCUGGGGAAGAUCCCCUCCCCCCUCCACCCCGUCCCCGCCCCCAUUGAUGACAUCAGCGACCUCAUCAGCUCACCUGGACCAGGCCAGAAAGAGGAUCUCAUUGCUACAGUCCUGGCAAAUCUCCAGGCUCAGUCUACAGAAGAGUUGAAACAGCAGAAGUUGUAUCUGAAGCUGUUGAAGAAACAAUGUAAAGAACUCAAGGAGCUCCGCAAGAAACACCUCAAGAAGGUGUGGGCCCUGAGUAAAGAGCAGAGGAGUCGCUGUAACCAGCUCCGCUCUGACACACAGAGACGACGCAGUCAGAUGGAGAAACAUCUCAAACGCAGCAUGAAGAAAAAUGAGCCAGCAGAGCCAGUGCAGAGGCAGUUGACAGCAUUGGAGAUGGAGUUACAGAAACAGACGGUGCAGCUGAGAGAGUGGCAAAUGCAAGAGCUCCUAAAACUACGGCAACAACAACACACACUGGAGAGAGAGAAGAAACACACACACCUACGAGAGGCAUUUCAGAAAAUAAAGGAGACAUCCCAGGAAUGUCAGAUGGCUCAGCUCAAAAAACUUAAGGAGAUCUGUGAGAGAGAGAAGAAGGAGCUUCAGAAGAUUCUAGACAGGAAGAGACAGAACAGCAUUAUCGAGGCCAAGAGCAGAGACAGAGACAAGGCUGAGUCGGAACUGAAUGAGAUCAACAGGAAGCAUAUCUCAGACUCUGUCACGUUAAUCCGCCGGUUGGAUGAGGCCCAGUCAAGGCGUCAGGAGAAGUUGGUAAUCGGUCAGAGAGAAGCCCUACGACACAUAGAGGAGGAGCAACCAUUGCUGCAGGCCCGAUUGGAGCGAGACUUGGAGGCGGAGUUACAACGUCUACCAGAGGAGAUCUGCCAAUACCUGCAGGCGGAACUCGAGUCCAAAGGUCUCCGUAGCGACGCUCUCUUCUCCUUAUCCAUUCACAGCCCUAGCUCUAGCUCGGGUCCGCCCUCCAACUGCUCCACACCCACUUUUCCCUUAACACCCAAUAGGAGCACCUGGAACAGGAGUCUGGACAAUAGCAUUGCCUCAUUGGUGGACUCAUCCUCUUCCUCUACCCCUGUCCUAUCAGAAGCAGAUAUGUAAGCCAUAUGUACAUCUAUGUAAACCUAAUGGUCCUGAGCUUCAGUUAGUUUUUUUGUUAAUGUUUUCAUAAAAAAAUAUAUAUAUAUAUAUAUAUUUGUAUUUCUUCUCACCAGGGUUUUAGAUAGAGAGAUAGACGAGGUUACCAAAAGUUUUUGCUUGAUUUUGAACUGCCCAGGAAAAUGCCCUAUGCGUGUUUUCACAUGUUGGUCUGCGUCCCAAAUGGCACCCUUUCCCCUAUUUAGUACAUUAGUUUUGACCAGAACCCUAUUGAGAAUAGGGUACAUUGGGACGCAGGCAUAUUCUGUAUGUGGACAAGAAUAUUCUGUGGAUAUAUUAUUAUUAUUAUUAUUAUUAUUAUUAAUCUGUGUAAUGUAAUGUUAUUGUUGUUUUACAUGACCUGUACUACUGACUAAAGGUGUCCUUGGGGAGAAAAGAGGGAUGAAUGGAGAAGAGGAGGAGAAGUGAUCGUGGUAGCGAACAAUUUAGAUUUUUUGGGGGAGCGAUGCUGAUUUGCUCUGGAAUAGAAAGACCUUUCUGAAACUUUCUUUCUGUAUCCCUUCCUCUCCUCACCAAUCCUCCCUCACUGGUACUUGCUGCCUGUCUGUCUUGGUAUAUAAUAUUAUAAUAUGCCUCUGUGUAUAUUCAUCAACAUUAUUUUACCACUUUUUUAAUCUUUAAUUUGUUUUAAUCUUUUUUUGUGAUGGAUGAUCUAUUUAAUUUAGUCAGCUGAGCAAAUGCAGAUAUUUUUUUUGGUGGGGGGGUUAAUUGCCGGGUUGCUAUGGUAACCAGGGGAGACGACUUUGCUGUGGUAUUUUAGCAGUCAUCGUACCCCUUCCCCCUCCCUUUUGGUUGUGAGGGUCUAUUUAAAAGUUUGAAAGUUUUCAUACGCAGUGUUGAUUGAAUGGUUCACACCAUUGCUUGAAGGGAGAAGACCUCACACACGUCAAAAAACAGUGGUGUCAGGGUACCUCUAGUGGUUAAGACCAUUGGGCCAGUAACUGAAACGUUACUGGUUUUCAAAUCCCUGAGCUAAUUAGGUGAAAAAUCUGUUGAUGUGCCCUUGAGCAAGGCACUUAACCCUAAUUGCUCCAGUAAGUCGCUCUGGAUAAGAGCGUCUGAUAAAUUACUAAAAUGUAUAUGUACAUUUAGGACCCCAAAAGUGGUUUUAUUUUUACGCUGAUGUUGUUUAGGAUCAGGGAACAUGAUUUUACAAAAUCACAAUUUAUAUGUAUUUAUGUACAUCGGAGCAUUAGUUUGGGCACACGUUUAUUUUUUUAUUUGAUCAGCACAUGUAUUUAGUGCUAAAGAUGGUCUUUAUGAUUUUAGGAAAUCCACCCCAGUAUGUGUUGAACACACAGAACAACAGCUUUAACCAGUGUCUCUGUGUCUCGCUUGUCCUUACGAGAAUAUGUUUUUAAAAGCUGAAUUUAAAGUUGAUGAAUUUUUUGUUAUUGCUCUGUUAUCAAACGGUUUUAUUUGUUUUAAAACCUUUUAUUCAAAGAAGUCAUGACAACCAUUUUUUAAAUCAUUAUGGCCAAAUUAGUUCUAUUUUUGUUUCAUCAGACCAGAGGAUAUUUCUCCAAAAAGUACAAUCUUUGUG